GAAGAGGUAUACCAACGGCAGGUGCUGUCUAUUUCCUGUAUCGUCUUUGGCAUAGUCAUAGUGGGCAUGCUCUGUGCAGCAUUCUACUUCAAAACAAAAAAACAAACAAAACAAAUUCAGGAACAGCUGAAAGAAACACAGAAUGGGAAAACCUACAGCUUAAAUGCUUCCAGUAUGAUGGCAAAAUCAGAGACCUUGGCCCAAAACAGAGUCCAGCUACAAAAUUAUUCAAAGACAAAUAGGCAUUCUAGACCUGGGAUGGAUAAAGUUAUGGAGUCUAGUUUUUCAGGCACUCAAUCUUUCUCAGAAGCCUUGUCACCUGAUAGAGGAAGCCAGCCUAUCAAGCAACAUAGAAGUCUCUCUUCAUGCUGUAACCCAGGACAAAGAACUGGAAUGCUACACAGGAAUGCUUUUCGGAGGACUCCACCCUUACCUCGGGGUAGGUUUAAUGGAAUUACGGGACCAGCAUAUCAACAGCUAGAAGAGUCAAGGAUCACAGAUCAGGAUGCAGUACCUUGCCAAGGGUAUUCAUCCACUGGUUUGAAAACUCCUCAGAAUACUUCAAUAAAUAUGCAACUGCCUUCAAGGGAGACAACCCCUUAUUUUACUCCUGUGGAUCAGAAGGCCUUAGUUGGAUAUUCAUCUUCAAGGGCCAACUCAGUUCCCAUCAUCCCCUCUGUCGGCUUGGAUGAAGCCUGCAUGCAAAUGCAGAAUGUUUCUGAAGUAACAGGCAUCAAAUGGUGCAAAAACUCCUAUUCCGCUGAACUUGUCAAUGUGAGUGCCCCUGUCAGCAAUUGUCUUAUAGCAGAACAACACGAAGUGAAAAUAUUGCUAGAAACUGUCCAGGAGCAGAUUCGAAUUCUGACUGAUGCAAGAAGGUCAGAGGACUAUGAACUAGUGAGCGCAGAAACAGAGAAUAGCGCAAGUGAAAACACAGCAUUUCUGCCCAUGAGUCCCAUGGCAAAAUCGGAACGAGAGGCACAAUUUGUCUUAAAAAGUGAAACACAAAGAGACUCAACAUUGACCAAGUGACUUUUAGGGGCUGGGGGUGGGGAAAUAAAGGAUCUGUGCAUUCGAUGCUUUGCUAAAAAGGUAAAGGAGGUAUUAAAUACAAAUUAUUUAUAUGCAUUAAUUUAAGAGCAUCUACUUAGAAGAAACCAAAUAGUCAGUCGCCCUCAUAUCAUAGUGUUUUUUAACAGAAUAUUUUUUUAAGGGAAAGAAAAGUUGCAGAAGGGAUCAAGCUUACAUCAGAAGUUUUUUUGGCAGGGUUACACACAGCUUCAGUUACGGUAUAUUUUAAAACUGACCUGUUUAUCUGUUAGAAGGCUUAGGCUAUGCAUCUUUUUCAAAAUGGCCAACACCAUUCAUCGACUCAUUUUUGGUUUCAAGGUAGUGCUAAAGCAGUCUACCAGGGAUUCAUACCCUGGUUAGGAACCCCCUCUAGCAUCUAAUAUAAUCCAGGUUCAUGAUUAGACCUCCAUUUAAUCCAGUCACAUGGCUGGCCUAAGAGUCAUAAUUUUAAAACACACACACAGAUCAAUCUUUCCUGACUGAUUUCUAAAACAGCAAAGGCGCUAAGCCAGAUGCCUAAGUAUGUACCUUGCUUUAAGAACAUGCAUUGUCCCAAUAAAAUCAACAGGAAAACCAUGAGUUUUCAAGUUAUCUCAUGCUUGCUGAAAUGAUCCAGCAUUGCUGGAUUUUUUGACGGAAAGAGCAAGAGAGAGAUGAAGAAUGUGUGUGCGCACGUGUUUGCAUUCCUGUAUUUUUUUAUUUUCAUCUGAGAAAGUAAAACACAUUAUUUGUCACAAAAACUCACAGUAUUUUCAGAAUGUUAUACUUUGAAGAUGUGUGUCAGCUCUAAAGGAGCACUUGUGUCUCUAUUUUUUUUAAAUUUAGUUUUGUUUCAGUUUGUUCAGAGAUCAGUUAUAUCCAGUUAUUUAUGCGGCCCUAGUUUGAUGCCUCUUUAAGGUUAUUUCUCUCCCCCCUUCCUUUUUUCUCCAUUCAUUUUAAUUAAGCAUGAUUUAGGCUUCUGCACCCAAAAAUCACUAUGGGCAGACCCAUGCCGUUGAUGUCUUGACCUUAACAGAGCUUCAAAUGUGUUUGUUCCACAUAGGCCCAUUUGGCACAUUGAGGCUUAAAGGAGGAAAUCUCUAUGGCUGGUAAAACUGUUCCAAGCAACUUGCAACUUUCAGAUUUUCUUUUUUCUUUGUGGGGUUUUUUUUCACCAUAGCACAAUAUGCCACUAAUGAACCAAUUUCAAUAGUGAUAGAAGUAUCAAUACUUUUCUUUAUUUUUUUUAAUUAAAUCUGCUUAAAUUAUUUGUAAAAAAUAAAUAAAUAAUGAAUUAAAGGGGAUAAUCACCAAAUAGCCUUCCUUGUUUAAUGCCAGAAUAAUAUUAUUUUUCAGUCUGAAGUACACGAAAAAGAUUAAAACACUCCUUUGCAGCAAAGUAACUGCUAAACUUAUUAGAUGUGCCCCAGACUUUCCAGUUCACUGAUUUUAAGAGUAAGUUCCCAAAAUAGCACAAUCAAUUGGUCCAGUGCUAUUGUAUGCUAAAUCACAGUAAAGCAAUAUUUUAAACUCUGUUAAGUGAACUGAGAAAUAAUGCUGAAGGCAUAUAUCAUUUAUAUUCCCCAACUAGGGCAUUAAAGAAGAAUUUAGUACUCACAUAACAAGUCUUUUUUAUUUCAAUGCAAAGUUUAUGAGAUUGUCUUGUUUACACAACUUUCUAUGGCUGUAGUCUUUGCUGUGUGUUUUCAAUAAAAAUGUAUUUGAGGGCACGCUGUGGUCUAUGCUCCAGGCUACAGCAUCCUUGGUUCUGACUGCCUUCUUCAAAUGUUAGUAGUUUGUGCGAAGACUAGUUUUAAGGAGGGACCUUCCUGAGGGAGUCAUCUCAUUGUAAACAACAGCUGCUUUUUAAGGCCCAAAUCCUACAAUUUGUUGCAUGUGGAGAGAGCCCUAUCCACUUCAAUAAUGCUUCAUAUGGUUUCUGUAUUCUGCCUCCAUGAAAUGAAUUGCAGGAUCAUGGUCUAAGCACAUAUAUCACAAUGAAAUGUUUUGAAAUGAACAAAGAUCUGGCUUCACUGCCCUAAGUCCAACUAUAUCUUGCAAUAAGAAUAUUCCCCCUUUGAAAUAUAUUGGAAACACACUGCAGGAUUUCUGUUGAAGAAACAAUUUUCUCAUUUAGGCAAUGCCUUUCUUAAAGGAAUGUGUUAGUCUAGCACCCACAAAAACAGAAAUAGUGGAAGAGCAAUGUAUUAAAAUGUUCAAUGGACAUUUGGAAGUGUUUGAAUAAGAUGAAGAUCUGAAAUGCUGAGAGAUCUUUAGUUCAUGUUAGACAUGCUAUCCUGUAUUCAGCAAAGGAUGUGUGACUGUUAUAUGUUAACUGUUCUAUUCAGUUUUCAGCAUGUUUGAAUAGAGAGACAUAAAUAUUAACCACGUGAUAGACUAAUGUAUUAUUUGUUAAGAAUAUCACUACAGCUCUAUUUAAAACGUUCAUUGUUGAAAGAGGAAAAAAAGGUUAAAAAAAGAAAAAGGAUGUAGACAGGUAGCCUUAAUAUGGAUUAUGGAUUUUUUUCUAACGCAUUUGUUUCCCCCCCAUGAAAACAAUUUUAUAGAAAAUGGAACUAAAUUUUCAGUACAGCCUGGCACUUUUACUAUGUAGACUGCACAAAAAGAGUAUGCAAAUUGUACUUACACCAGUGAAAUAAUAGACUGAAUUCUGCUCUGAUUUACACUCCAUGCAGUCCCACUAGACUCCCAUUGAAUUGAAAAGUCUGUAAAAGUCAGUGUUGAAGUCUCUUUGGUCUCUUAAAAUUGUAUCUGUUCUUCAUUUGGGAAACAAAUCAAUCCUCCACAUAAGAAGCUCUAAUCUUGGUGAUUUAUAUCUCUCAUAAUUAAAAAUUACGGUUGACCUGUAAAGCUCAAAUUUACUUUGGUGUGAAAUUUCACACAUACAGUGUUACACAUAAGUGAACUGAGAGAAUAGUUUAUUAAAUAGCUUUAAACCACUCAAAACACAUCUACAUCUCUUAAGUAUAAUGCAAUUGAACAGAAAUAUAAAAUAGGGCCAUUAUAUGCCCUAGAUGUCUUGCUUCUAAAAGGACUUCCUUCAAAAGCAAGUAAACCAAACCUUUUCGCCCCUUAAAAAUUCCUGUUAAUGGAGUAUUUCCAACACUUUAUAGUAGUAAAUGUAGUGAGUAUAAUCAUGUUUCAUAUUGUUAACCACUGAAGAAUAAUUUUCAGUACAACUCUUAGGGGCUAGAGCUGAUUAUCUUUUUUAUGUUGAAUAUC